AUGGUGUCUGCAAAUUUAAAAAAGAAAUCAGUGUUUGUGAGUGGGAAGUUCUGUCAGGGCCCCAAUCUCGCCAAAGCUGAGAACUUCUCCUUUUCAGUAAAAAUGCCAGGAAACACAAACAAUCCACUUGGUUCAAAUGUCACAGCUGUGUCUGUAGAUCAAAUUCCAGGACUUAACACUCUUGGCAUAUCAGCUGCCCGCCUUGAUUUUGCACCUUAUGGUGAAGUCCCACCUCACACUCAUCCUCGUGCCACCGAGAUUCUUGUUGUCUUAGAGGGCACUCUUCUUGUUGGGUUCAUCACUUCCGAUUCUAACCACUCACUUAUUACCAAAGUUCUUAACCAAGGUGAUGUGUUCGUCUUCCCCAUUGGCCUCAUUCAUUUCCAAGUCAAUAUUGGAAAAACAAAUGCUCUUGCCUUUUCUAGUUUGAACAGCAAGAACUCCGGUGUCAUUACAAUUGCCAGCACAGUGUUUGGGUCAAAUCCUCCCAUUAACCCAGAAAUUCUUGCAAAGGCCUUCAUGUUGGACGUAAAUGUAGUGAAAGCUCUCCAGUGGAAAUUCUAGAUGAAUAAUUAGAGAAAUGUGUCAAAUGUUGUGAAUUGACUUCUAUUAUCUGAAUAACGUUUGCCUGUUACAAUGUUGUAAUAAAGAGGUUAUGCAUCUA